ACAUCCCUGCUGCCUUUCCUUUAUUUCUCUCCUUUUCACCAUCCAUGCCUCCCGCUGAGAAUCUCAAGAAGCGCAAGAUCGCUGUCCUCGGUGCUCGUUCAGUAGGGAAAUCUUCCCUCAUUAUACAAUUCGUGGAAAAUCGUUUCGUUGAAAACUAUUACCCUACCAUCGAGAGCACCUUUGCUAAGAGUGUCAGUUUCAAGGGCACGGAGUACGACUGCGAGGUCAUCGACACUGCGGGACAGGACGAGUAUUCUAUCCUCAACUCGAAACACGCAAUAGGAAUUCAUGGCUAUGUUCUCGUAUACUCUGUCACAUCGCGGAGCUCCUUCGACAUGAUCCAGGUUCUGUAUGAUAAAAUCGUUGACUUUUGUGGGGUGACUGAGAUUCCGUGCGUGGUUGUGGGCUCCAAGGGUGACCUGACGAUGAGGCAGGUGCCCACCGAGGAUGGGGAGCGGCUUGCGCAGGCAAACAAUGCAGUCUGGGUUGAGACUAGUGCAAAGGAUAAUAUUAAUGUUGGUAAAGUCUUUGAUCUCUGUUUGGGGGAGGUCGAAAAACAUUCGCCGACUAAGCAAGGCGAGCCGCCGGCCAGUCGCUGCGUUGUAAUGUAGACGCUUCCUCCUCGAGCUACCCCCGUGCUAUUCAAUAUGGAUGGCUUUCUCCAAGUAUGGCAUGUACUUUAUGUCUUUCUCAUGGCUACAAAGGACUACUAGACCUUUUACUCUUAUGACUACAGCUUAUGUUCCCUUUCCAUCGUAUAUUCUUCGUACCUGUAAGUUAAGAACCCGUACCAUAGCAUCCUUUUCAAUUCCUUUAAAAAUCCUACUGUUACAGAUCGUACAAAUUCACAUUCAUUCACGCCGAACUGUCUCCCAAGAAUCUCGCCUUCACCGCGCGACCUUUCAGCCCCACUGCCCGCACCACCUGUGGAUCUCCAGGCACAAGAUCGAUGGCUUGGUCACUAAAUUUCACAUACUCAUCAUCGAUGUCGAGUACUAUUCCCUUCACGGGCUUCUUCGUCGAUAGUGUGAUCGUUUCACCGUCUUGGGC